AUGUUCCCUCUCGUCGGCCGCCCUUUCCCACGUCAGACAGCGUUCCUCGUCGCCCGCGCUUUCCCUCAUCACCCUCGCCUACCUUCUGGUCGCAUAUCGUUUCCAUCCGCUCUUCCCCCCUCCCCAUCUCACCAACUCCAGAGGGAGAGGAACAGAUGGGGAGGAACAGAGAUGGUCGCCAACGCCACCCCAAUCGAACAGCGUUUUGAACCCCCAUCCCCUACCCUGCUUCCCCCCAUCCCCUUCCCUGCACCCCCCCACCCUCUUCCCUGUUUCCCCGUAUCCCAUUCCCUGCCUCCCCUCAUCCCCUUCCCUGCCUCCCCCCAUCCCCUUCCCUGCUUCCCCCCAUCCUCUUCCCUGCUUCACCCCAUCCCCUCCCCUGCUUCCCCCCAUCCCCUUCCCUGCUUCCCCCCAUCCCCUUCCCUACCUCCCCCCAUCCCCUUCCCUGCAUCCCCCCAUCCUCCUCCCUGUUUCCCCGUAUCCCCUCCCCUGCUUCCCCCCAUCCUCUUCCCUGCUUCACCCCAUCCCCUCCCCUGCUUCCCCCCAUCCCCUCCCCUGCUUCCCCCCAUCCCCUCCCCUGCUUCCCCCCAUCCCCUCCCCUGCUUCCACUCAUCCCCUCCCCUGCUUCCCCCCAUCCCCUUCCCUGCCUCCCCCCAUCCCCUUCCCUGCCUCCCCCCAUCCCCUUCCCUGCCUCCCCCCGUCCCCUUCCCUGCUGUGGACUUACAUGUGCCAUUUGCGGGGAAAGAGGGCACGUAA